UAGUGAGUGCGCCCUCGGUGACAUCUGAGAGGGAUGCAUUGUGGGAACUCCAGAAAUCUUCAGACGCCCUCAUCUUUAUUUAUCAAACCAGCUGUGCCACCGUCGCAACAUUGGCACAAUAAGCGUGCCAAAAUUGCGAAACACGAGUAAAAUGGGCAUGCUCGUUAUUGUCACAUAAAAUCGCAAAGCCAACCUUCGUUGAGAAGCACAGAAACAUGGAGGCUGAUGCAAUAAGCAACGCCACUCCCACGGAGGAGAUGAACGGGCCGGGGAACCUGAUGGACUUCCUGGACGAGCCCUGUCCUGACAUGGGCACCUACGAGGACUUCCACACCAUCGACUGGCUGAGGGAGAAAUCCCGCGACACAGACCGCCACAGGAAGAUCACCAACAAGAGUAAAGAGUCCAUCUGGGAGUUUAUCAAGAGCCUGCUGGAUGCGUGGUCCGGAUGGGUGGUAAUGCUGCUCAUUGGCCUGUUGUCAGGCACGCUGGCUGGCGUCAUUGAUCUGGCCGUGGACUGGAUGACGGACUUGAAGGAGGGCGUGUGUCUGUCUGCGUUCUAUUACAGCCACGAGCAGUGCUGUUGGACCUCCAACGAGACCACCUUCGACGACCGGGACAAGUGUCCCCAGUGGCAGAAAUGGUCCGAACUCAUGACCGGUUACAAUGAGGGCGCUGGGGCGUAUCUGCUAAACUACUUCCUGUAUGUGAUGUGGGCGCUCUCCUUCUCCUUAAUGGCCGUGUCUCUGGUGCGCGUGUUCGCCCCCUACGCCUGUGGCUCAGGAAUCCCAGAGAUUAAGACGAUCCUGAGUGGCUUCAUCAUCCGUGGCUACCUCGGCAAGUGGACCCUGCUGAUUAAGACGGUCACCCUGGUUCUGGCCGUGUCAUCUGGCCUCAGUCUGGGCAAGGAGGGCCCGCUGGUUCAUGUGGCCUGUUGCUGUGGCAACCUGUUCUGCAGCCUGUUCUCCAAGUACAGCAAAAACGAGGGCAAACGCAGGGAGGUGUUGUCUGCAGCUGCUGCGGCCGGCGUCUCGGUGGCCUUUGGGGCUCCAAUAGGAGGAGUGCUCUUCAGCCUGGAAGAGGUGAGCUACUACUUCCCCCUGAAGACCCUGUGGCGCUCCUUCUUCGCCGCCCUGGUGGCCGCCUUCACCCUGCGCUCCAUCAACCCCUUCGGCAACAACCGCCUGGUGCUGUUCUACGUGGAGUACCACACGCCCUGGUACAUGGCCGAGCUGGUGCCCUUCAUCCUGCUGGGCGUGUUCGGAGGCCUGUGGGGCACGCUGUUCAUCCGCGCCAACAUCGCCUGGUGCCGCCGACGCAAGACCACCCAGCUGGGCAAGUACCCGGUGCUGGAGGUGAUCGCGGUGACGGCCAUCACGGCCGUGCUGGCGUUCCCGAACCCGUACACGCGCCGCAGCACCAGCCAGCUCAUCUCGGAGCUGUUCAACGACUGCGGCGCGCUGGAGUCCUCGCAGCUCUGCGACUACUACAACAGCCCCAACAUGACCCGGCCCGUGGACGACAUUCCCGACCGGCCUGCCGGACCGGGUGUGUACACCGCGCUCUGGCAACUAGCGCUGGCGCUCGUCUUCAAGAUCGUCAUCACCAUCUUCACCUUCGGCAUGAAGAUUCCGUCUGGGUUGUUCAUUCCCAGUAUGGCGGUGGGCGCCAUCGCUGGGCGCAUCGUGGGCAUCGCAGUGGAGCAGAUGGCGUACCACCACCACGACUGGAUCAUCUUCAAGAACUGGUGCCGCCCCGGAGCUGACUGCGUCACGCCAGGCCUCUAUGCCAUGGUUGGCGCUGCCGCAUGUCUGGGUGGCGUAACGCGUAUGACGGUGUCCCUGGUGGUGAUCAUGUUUGAGCUGACGGGCGGUCUGGAGUACAUCGUCCCGCUCAUGGCGGCCGCCGUCACCAGCAAGUGGGUAGCGGACGCGUUCAACAAGGAGGGCAUCUACGAGGCGCACAUCCGCCUGAACGGGUACCCGUACCUGGACCAGGACGAGUUCACGCACCGCACGCUGGCCACGGACGUGAUGCGGCCGCGCCGCGCCGACCCGCCGCUGGCCGUGCUCACGCAGGACGGGACCACCGUGGAGGACGUGGAGACGCUCAUCAAGGACACCGACUACAACGGCUUCCCCGUCGUGGUGUCGCGAGAGUCCGAGAGACUCAUCGGCUUCGUCCAGCGCAGGGACCUCACGCUCGCCAUCAAGACUGCUCGUCAGAAGCAGGACGGCGUGGUGAGUAACUCCGUCGUGUACUUCACGGAGGACGCGCCCCAGCUCCCCCCCGACUGCCCCCAGCCCCUCAAGCUGCGGCGGAUCCUCAACCUCAGCCCCUUCACCGUCACCGACCACACCCCCAUGGAGACCGUGGUCGACAUCUUCCGCAAGCUGGGUCUCAGACAGUGCCUGGUCACGCGCAGCGGGCGACUGCUGGGAAUCAUCACUAAGAAGGACGUGCUGAGGCACAUGGCUCAAAUGACAAACCAGGAUCCCGAGUCCAUCAUGUUCAACUAGUGUGUGUGUGUGACGAACCGUCCCCGAUCCUCGUCCCCUGCGCGCCCGAACAAAGCCUAUGCCUUGAAGGACAUUUGUCAGCGUUUGUAAAUAGUGCAUUACUACUGUUACUUACCAAACAUUCACUCCACGUCUUGUGUACCAGUAGGUGGGUUUGUAGACACCUGUGACAGGUAACAUAGGAGAGAGAGACGGAGAAAGAGAGCGAGAGAGAGACGGAGAAAGAGAGAGAGAGAGACGGAGAAAGAGAGAAAGAAAAAAACAAACAGACAGGGUGGGCCAACAGUUUGUGAUACUGUUCUGUGAAAUGUAUUUUUUGUUUUUUUGUUUUUUUGUUAUUAUUAUUAUUAUUGUUAAUGCUGCCAUAUUUAUAUUUUCACCGAAGGAGAACAAUAUGCUUGUGUUGUUAUUAUGCAUAGUCAUCGUCAGGUUUUAUGACUCUUUGAAGAGAUGCACAUUUUACGUGGACAAUUGUGGUUUUUAUUUAAUUUUUUUUUUUUUUUUAAAGGGAGCUUUGGAAGUGCUUCUGGCAAUAGAGCGGUCUGUGGCGAACACUAAGAGAAACACUAAGAGAAACUGAAUGUAAUUGACAAAGGAGCCGGACAGGAUCUCUAUAAUGUACAGAUACUAAUCAUGCAGCUAUUUAUUUAACACGAUGUGUUCUGGGUAGAUUUUCUUGACAGGUACACAGUAUUAAGGUGGAAAACACGGCCAACAACUCGAGGCUCGUUCAGAAACUCUCAGCAUGUCAGCUGUGACACUAUGACUGCGCCAUAGCUAUGGCCAUAUCUCCGUCCCCUUCGCUCAGAAUGGCGUCGUUGUUUGAGUUGGUGCGUUAAUGUUCAUUGGAGCCAUGAAAUGUGUACAGUACUACGAGACCCCGGGCCACUGGUGAUGAUGACGUCUACGCAUUUAUUACGUGUUGCGUUUCAGGAUGCUUUGUGUUAUAUCUCGCUGUAAACAGUUAAGGCCCUGAUAUGAACGGCGUGUGUCGUUGUCAUGUACAGUGGUUUCGGGAAGUUCUCAGAGCCUUUCAGAUUUUCCACAUUUUGUUUAUGUUUCAGACUACGUUUCAGACUUCUAUCUACACACAAUACUCCACAAUGACAAAGCAAAAUCAGGUUUUUUUGGAGUGUUUUGUUCAUUUAUUAAAAAUAAAACGCCGAAAUGUCCUCUUUAUAUAAGUGUUCACACCCUUCACUCGGCCCCAUCCUGAGAUUCUGAACACCUCUGGAAAAGGUUUCCACGCUGGAUUGCUCGGUAUUUUUCUGCAUCCAUCUUUCCCUCUGUUCUGACUAGUCUCCCUGUCGCAGAAAGCAUUCUCACACGCUGGCGCUGCCAGCCCCGGGUUUGACUGCAGGAAUGAAUGGGUAUUAAUGAGUUGAUGCUCAGUGCCUGGGUUCCACCACACACAUCAUUGGGAAUUGAGGCAAAAUAGUUCAGUCUACGUUUCACCAAACCAGAGGAUUUUGCUUCUCAUGAUCUGAGAGUCGUUCUGGUGCUUUUUUUUGGCAAACUCCCAUUGGGCUGUCUUGUGCCUUCCGUUUGGCCACUCUACAUUAAGGCCUGAUUGGUGGAGGGUCUGAAUACUUAUGUAAAUGGGAUAUUUCAGUCUUUUAUUUUUAAUAAAUGAAUGUGGAGUGUUGCGUGUGGAUUGAUGAGAAUGAAUUGAAUCCAUUUUAAGAUGAGUCUGAAACAUAACAAAAUGUGGAAAUUUCUGUAAGUAAUGUGCAUCAAGUGAACACUAUAGAGGCAUCAAGUGAAGCACUAUAGAGGCAUCAAGUGAACACUAUAGAGGCUGUAUAAAAGGAUGCAUUAGAUAAAGCAACAGAAGAGGGUUUGUUUAAAGUAUGUGGGCUACCACUAUGGAGUAGACUCCAUCUUAACAGCUACCAUUAUGGACUGGUCUUAACAGGAACUGGAAGUAGUUUAUGAAUAGCUACCACUAUGGAGUAGACUCCAUCUUAACAUGAACUGGAAGUAGUUUAUAAAUAGCUGCCACUAUGGAGUAGACUCCAUCUUAACAUGAACUGGAAGUCAUUUAUGAAUAGCUACCACUAUAGACUGGUCUGACCAGGAACUGGAAAUGCUGUAGAAGCUUGAUCAUCUUCUGCUUGAACCUCACUCUUAUGUCCACUGAAGCAGUGAAAAGUUGUCUGUCUGGCUGCACAAUGUGAAGGGACAAAAUCGUGCAACCAUAUCAAAAAGUGUUUAAAACACUUACCCUGCAUACAGAAUAUUGUCAUGCCCUUUGUCCUGGUGUCAACCCUCCACACUAAUACAAUAUUUAAAAUACAGAAGUGAAUUAUGAGUAUUAUUUUUUUUUUUUUACAUUGUCAAACGAACAAGCACAGAUACAAGAAUGAGUGCUUUAAUGUCACAGUGAUACAAAUGGAACAACAUAUAAUUCUUUGAAAUUCAUAUGAUGUCAAUUGGUAAAAAGGGUCAGACAAAUACUGUAAAAUAAAUCUGAUAAACAAAUAUUCUUAUAAACAAACACUCUGAACACAUUCAUUAAAUCUGUGAGAACUCGGA